AGGAUGAAUGAAAGGCAGCUCAGCCUCUAAUCCUCCUCUAAAGCUUCUCUCCGGACGCACUUGAGCCGCCGGUUGUCGCAUCUCCUCCCUGCGCCGCGCUGCGCUGCAUGGCAACGGCGGGAGGAGGAGGAGGCGGCGGCUCGGGCUGAGGGAGGAACCUCGGUCCCACGUGUCCUCCUCACCGCCGCAGACCCAGCGCAUCUCUCCGCUCUGCCUUCCCCUCCGGUUCCGCAGAUCCGCACCGCCGCAUCCAAACACCAGGACGCACCGGCGCAGCGUGGCGGAGCGAUGCGCCCGCGGUGCGCACAGCUGUCCGGCUCUCCGCUGCCUCUCUGAUCGGCACCGGUAUCGAUCCGCUCACGCCGCAGGCCUCCCCGACUCGUUUUCCCAUCAAUCUGAUAUGCAAAUCCCGAGUAGCGGCUCGGAGCUGGAGGAGAUGAGAGGACGCGCGUCGUCGGAUGUUUAGCAGAUUCGCUCCGGAUCCACCGUUUCUGCUUUUCCCCCUCCCGUCUUUUUUGUUUCUUUCUCCUCGCCUCCCGUCCGUGACAUCCCGCGGCUUCUCGAUGCAGUAAUCCGGGGGAAUAUGUGAAGAUCAUGCAGGCGGUGUGGAGCUUCCUGGUCUUUGCUGCAGUGGGCGAGAGGCUCUCGGUGUCAGGUGUGGACAGGAGCCCGGUGCAGGAUGGAGGCAUGUGGGACUGGUUCUCCCCGGUAGGAAGCCCGGACGGCGGGGAGAUCACGUAUCCGAAGCGGCUGGUGCAGCAGAUCAAGUCCGAGGAGGAGAUGCCUCAUGACUUGUUGGAUACCAGGGUGAAGAAGAACGGCACCGGGGGCACGAUGCCCGUCCAUUUGGCUCAGAGCUGCUUCCAAGUCGAAGCCUUCGGACAGACCUUCACUCUGGACCUGGAGCUCAACCACCACCUCCUGUCUUCAGAAUAUGUGGAACGGCACUUUAACCAGGACGGCAGACCUUUACAGUCUGUGGGAGGAGAACACUGCUACUACCAGGGCCGGCUGAGAGGCUUCAAACGGUCCUGGGCUGCCGUCUCCACCUGCCACGGCCUCUGUGGCAUGUUCUCCGACGGCUUCUUCUCUUACGGGAUCGAGCCGGUUCACAACGCGAGCAAUCAGGAUGAUGGUGCUCACUUAAUCCGCAGGAUGCCUGAUAUCAGACUUUCCCCCGACUGCCCAGACUGUACUGAGGACAGUGCUUGGGACAACGGAGGAGAUGAUGAUGACCAGUCGGACCAAAUGAAGGAGCAGCAGACAUCUGGAGGGCUGAGGAGAUCCAAGAGAUCUCCUAGAAAACCCCCCGUCCAGACCGAGACCAAAUAUAUCGAGCUGAUGGUCGUCAACGACAACGACAUGUUUGUGCAGCUGCGCAGCUCAAGCAGCCAAACCAAGAACUUUGCCAAAGCUGUGGUCAACACUGCAGACACGAUCUACCAGGAACAGCUGAACACCAGGAUCGUGCUGGUUGCCAUGGAGACGUGGAACUCUAAAAAUAUGAUGCCGGUGGUGGAGGACCCGCUGAUCACGCUGCAGAACUUCAUGAAGUACAGGAAGGACAACAUCCGGGAGCAGAGCGAUGUCGUCCAUCUUUUCUCAGGGCGAACGUUUCACAGCAGCCGCAGCGGGACGGCGUAUACCGGAGGAGUUUGUUCUCCAACAAGAGGAGGAGGAAUUAAUGAGUACGGGAGCGUCGGUGCGAUGGCCAUCACUUUGUGCCAGAGUCUGGGCCAGAACAUCGGGAUGAGGUGGAACAACGCUCGAGCUUCUGCAGGAGACUGCAGGUGUCCAGAUGCCUGGGUCGGCUGCAUCAUGGAGGACACUGGGUUCUAUCUGCCCAGGAAGUUCUCUCGCUGCAGCGUGGACGAGUACAUCCAGUUCCUGCUGCAGGGAGGAGGGAGCUGCCUCUUCAACAAGCCCAACAAGCUGUUGGACCCUCCUGAAUGUGGGAAUGGCUUCGUGGAAGCAGGAGAAGAGUGCGAUUGUGGAUCCCAGGUGGAGUGUGCACGUAGUGGAGGGAACUGCUGUAAAAAGUGCACGCUGACCCAUGAUGCCAUGUGCAGUAAUGGACUCUGCUGCAGUGGCUGCAAGUACGAGCUGAGAGGUGUGGUGUGUCGAGAUGCCGUGAAUGACUGUGAUAUCCCAGAAACCUGCACCGGAGACUCCAGCCAGUGCCCUCAUAAUGUCCACAAGCUGGAUGGCUACAUGUGUGACAGCAGCCAGGGUCGAUGUUACGGUGGUCGAUGCAGGACUCGUGAUGGGCAGUGCAGAGGACUCUGGGGAUACAAUUCAGCAGAUAGGUUUUGCUAUGAGAAGCUGAACGCUGAGGGAACAGAAAAAGGAAACUGUGGUCCAGGUCCUGAAGGUCAAGGAUGGCUGCAGUGCAACAAGCCGGAUGUUCUGUGUGGAUUCCUGUUCUGUGCCAACGUGACGACGAAGCCGAAGUUUGGAGACCUGCAGGGCGAAGUGACGAGCUUCACCCUCUACCACCAGAACAAGUACCUGGACUGCAGAGGAGGCCACGCUCUGCUGGAGGACGGAUCAGACCUGGGCUACGUGGAGGACGGGACUCCUUGUGGUCCCAACAUGAUGUGUUUGGAGAGACGCUGCCUCCCGGUGGCGGCGUUCAACCUCAGCAUGUGUCCAGGAUCCAACUUCGGACGCAUUUGUUCUGACCACGGGACCUGCAGUAAUGAGGUGAAGUGUAUCUGCGACAGGGACUACACCGGGAAGGACUGCAGCGUCUUCGAUCCGAUCCCGGAGCCGACGGUGCCGACGGGUCCGGAGAAGAAAGGAACAUUCGAAGAGGAAGAUCUGGUGGAGGAUAAGAUCUCUGUCUGUCUUUCUGUCCUUGUGUCUCGUCCACUUCCGUCUUCCUCCUCGCACUGUGUCGUUUCCACAUUGAAGAAGGGGGGAACAAAAAACAAAAAAAAGUCUUCCACUACGAGUCCCACAGUCCCUCCAAACCCUCUUCCGUUGAUGUGUUUCCCUCCUCCACUGCUCCCGUCGGCUCCGUUCGUCUUGUUGUUGGAGAACCUCUAAGAACCAAACCAGCCAGAACCAGAGGAUCGCGUCCUGAUCUGGAGGUAGCGGGCGGUUCUUCCUCCAGUCAGGUGGUUCUACGAAUGUGCUUCGGUGUCUGUUUACGUCUGAGACAGUCUGAUAAAGAACAUAUCAA